UGACCCCGCCCUCAAAGCGACGUAGGCAGUACGGAAGUAAACAGCCUGCUCCCUGCUGCUGUCAGUUGGUGUUUUCUUUUCUUAAAAACAGUAAUUUCACAGCUGGUCGUGUCUUCAUUAGCAGGCUGACAGAUGUCCGCUCCUCCCGCAGAAGAUCUGCUCCAGCAGUGGGAAAGUGAGCAGGCACGUCUGAGGCAGCAGGUGCUGGAGGAGGACACAGAGGACUGGCAGGGGAGCCCAGACUUUUCAGGUCUGGAGCGAGUUGGUGGGGUGGACCUCUCCUUCAUCAAAGGGGAUGACGUCAAUGCCUGCGCCCAGCUCGUGGUACUCAGCUACCCAGAUCUGCAGGUGCUGUAUGAAGACAGUCAGAUGGUGACCCUGACGGCUCCCUACAUAGCUGGCUUUCUGGCAUUCAGAGAAACUCCUUUCCUCCUGGAGGCUCUGCAGAGGCUGAAGAAGAACCAGCCCACACUCCUUCCUCAGGUGGUGUUUGUGGAUGGGAAUGGUCUCUUUCAUUACAGAGAGUUUGGUUUGGCGUGUCACCUGGGAGUGCUGUCAGGGCUGCCCUGUGUGGGCGUGGCCAAAAACCUGCUGCAGGUGCAAGGAGUCAACAAGAGUGAGGAGCAUCAGUCACAAAUAGCUGCUCUGCAAAGAGGAGGAGACAGCUUCCCACUCAUAGGCGCCUCAGGCAAAGUGCUCGGAAAGGCACUGCGAAGCUCUGACAAGAGCUCGAAGCCAGUGUACGUGUCUGUGGGCCACAAGAUCAGCCUGGACACAGCUGUCCGCCUCACACACGCAUGCUGCCGCUACCGGGUCCCUGAGCCAAUCAGACAGUGUGAUGUGUUUUAGCUGGUGGGAAGAGGGGCAGCCGGCAGCAGCAGGGACUGAAUGUGGACAUCAGAGAGAAGCAGGAACAAUCUUACCUUCCUCUGUCCAGUCACCGGUGCCUCCCUCUUCAUCGUCCUUUCUUUGCCAACUGUUCUGCUUUCAGUCUCUGACAUCCACCUUCCCUUCUGUGUCUCCCAGUAUUGCCCUUGUGUUCUCUCCCGGCUUCUGCCACAGGUACUUUCUCCUUCAUAGAUCCAGCUGCGAUGUUACGUCUAGAGUUCUGUUUGCUCUCGCUGGCAGGCAAAUUUUCAUCUCUCAGGCUUUUGAAAUCACAGUCACAUCUCAUGAAAAAAGCAAAAUCAAAAAGAUAUCAACCUGACAGGAAGACUGAAUAACUGAAUAUGUCUGACAAUAGAAAAUGAAAACAGGUUUUUGUGUGCAAAUGUCCAUCAUGGACAAACUAAAAACAUGCAAAUAUAUAUAACUACCCACACUUAAACAGAUUGUGUGUCAGUCCCACACUUGCACAUACUUGGUAGGACUUUACAUCCAAAGGUUGCUUGGCUGACCAUCUAGUCAGCCUCUUGUUCUGCAUCGGCUCCACCUCAGCUCCAGCGAGCGUGUUUUUGCUUCCUUGUCUCUCUACCUUUGCUGAUGUUGAGCAGUGGGUUAUUCUCUGUGUACCAUGCUGUAAGAUUAUUGAUUUCCUCUAGAUAUAAAUCCUCUCUUCCUCUCAUCAGUGUUUAUAAUCUCACCAGAACGGUUGCACUCUCUGCAGAUUUCACGAUAGAGUUCUCUCUGCGUCUCUGAAUGCAAUCAUGGGAGAAUAGUGUGAACAAGACGAGGCUGAACACUCAACCCUGGAGGUUUGUGGUGUGACGCUCCUGUCUGAGGACGUCCAACGUCUAAUGUCAGAUUGUGCUGCUGGGUUGAAAUCAACAAACAACAUACAGAUAUUUGUGCCUUGAUUUUCAAGGCAAAGUGGGAGGAAGUGAAGAUCUGAUCCUUUGAUGGUUCAGCCUGACUGAAAUGUUAUCUUUAAUGUACUGGGCCAGACAUUUAAACCAUUCGUCAUCCAUUAUCUUCUGCUCAUCUGAAGUCGGGUUGCUGUAACAGCAGUUUAAACAGGGUAUUCCAGAUGUCCUUCUCCCCAGCAUGGGUUUGCAUGAGAGGUCCCAACAAUAUAAUCUCUCCAGUGGGUUCCACAUCUUCUUCUGGGUCUUCAAAGUGCCCAACAAAACCUCCAAAUGGAGGUGCCCUGGAGGCAUCCCGAUCAGAUACUGAACCGUCUCACUUGGCUCCUUUUAACACAAAAGGAGUAACAGCUCUACUCUGAGCUCUCUGUGGAUGUUUGAGCUCCUCAUCUGUAAGGCUGAGCCCUGCCAUCCUACAGACAAAACUCAUUUCAGCCGGUUGUAUUCAAAAUAUAUUACACAUUACUUGUUACUUUUCUCAAAAGGUUUGCAUUACGUUGCUUAAUAAUUCACCUGAGAAAGUAAAUUGUUACACUACUUAUUGCAUUAUUUUGAUGUUACUCCAUAACAUGACCUGAAACACACCAUCACAUAGUUACUAGUUAACAGUAUAACCAUUAUGCUACAUCCUGCACACCGACACAAACCAGUGUUCUAAUGAGGGCACACAUACAACCUUUCUUUAUUGUUUACAUGUGUACUAUGUCUACUGUCGACUGCUCAUCGCUGCCUUUGCUACCUGUUAAAGUUCAGGCUCUGGCUGCUGGGCUGGGGUCAGCAUACACUCAGGUUUAACAUCAUUCUGGGAUCUUGGCUAGCUUUGUGUUAGCAUGCUGUUUGUGCAGAUGCUUGCAAAGAGCCGACAGCAUCGGCUCUUUGCAAGCAUAGAGCAGUUGUUUCCAUCCUUGACACAGUUUGCACUUUACCAUUGGACUCUUUUCCUUUUUGUGUAAUAAAAAUAAAAGUCAUGUCCACAUCUCCAGUCCUCAAAUCAUAAACUGCUUCACCAUUUUCCUCCCCCUACCAGGAAGAAAAAGGCGUGUUUUUCGUCCUAUCCUCCCAUUGUGCAGAUAACUAAUAAACCCUUGUUAUACAAGUAAUAAUAAUUGUAACUGUAGUGUGAUUACAGAUUUUUAUAUUUGCAUUUACAUUAUUGCAUCACUAAAAAUGGUGAUUGCAGUAACCUGUUACUUUAAAGCUUGUGACACACAAAUGUUUGUGACAUUAACUGGUCAUACCCUGAUGUCAUGACCAUGUGAGAUGGUUGGAGUGAAAAACUGGUCGUUGGAUGUUACGAAUAAUUCAAGAAAUCCCUCUCUGUCCACCUGUCUUUUCUUCUUGUAGCUUAGCAACAGUUCAUCCGAUGCACUGUGUGUUGCUGGGAACUGCUGUGCUGAGUUUGAUGUUAUUUAGAUAAGGACUUCUCAUAAUUUGGCUAAAAGUUGUCCUCUAUAACCUGUUUUUCCCUUUAGAGUGAGACGUGCUGUCUCCACUCAGUAUGUAAGGGGAAGGACAAACAUAAACACACAGGCCUCAGGGGAUAUUCACUGACACGAGUCCAAGUUUUCCAAGUCUCUCGCACCUUAACGCUUAAAGAGACUGAAAGGUGUAAAAUAUUAAUGAGUGCCUGCCAAAAAGUUCUAGCAUUUAGAAAACUGCAUCAUGGCCAAAAACAGGUUCUCAGAAAGAUAGGUUGACACGUUUGCCUUUCAUUGUAUUUAUUUUUUUGUCUUUGCUGUCACAAAUGAUUUCAGUCACUUGUGUUGUUUGGACGAGCAGUUCCCGAAUAAGCUGCAACCUACAACGAGUUAUACACACAAACAGAUUUUAAGUUAGUGCACCGUCAUAACUGUGGCUGUCCUGUUUUCAAAACACAGAGUUUAUGAUAGCCUGGGGUGACACGUGUGACACUCUUCCUGAACAGGUGCUGCACGAGUGUUAAAAUGUCAGUAAUAAGAUCAGCCAGGGCAUUAUUGUGAAAGGAAGGCAAGAUUUUUACAGUCCUUAAUAUUUGUGCCAGGAGAGGCAAUAAAGCAAAGGUCAGUAAGCUGAUGUUUCCAUUGUGAGCCUCCUGUUUAGUAACUUUAGCGCCUCUUUAUGUUUCUUCAGGUCUUUUUUAAACUUUUCUGAAAAUAUAUAGGGAAUUUUUCGAAAAGACGUUGGCUCAUUUGGAGCUCAUGUGAUGGAACUGACUGCUCGAUAUCU